CGCCCUGCUGUUCAGACGCACUCUUUGCCGCGCACUGUGCUGUACUCGCCUGGCCCAAUCUACGCUGUUUUGCUCCCCAAAUCCGGUUUCAUGCACUGUUUCAAGUGUGGGUUUCAAUACAAUGUUGGAUUAAAUCCUUGUAAUUCAGGAGAGGGAUUGGGAGAAAAUGAUCGACCUUCGGCACGUCAAUUGACAGUCGGUUUUGCUUCAGGGUUGAGAUCGGCUCUCGGCAGGGCGGCGGUGUUUGCCCUGUGGCCUUCCAGCUGUGACACAGAUAGGGAAGAGGACACUAGAAGACGAUGGAUCUCGGCAACGACGUAGACCUGUCGAACAACAACAUCAUGCCCUUGUGGAAGCGCCAUACGGACAACCACAGAAGCCUGCAGGACUCAAGAAAGCCACGGCCGCGAAGCUACCAUACCAACGGGGUCAUGAUGACGGACUUUCCUUCGGAGGACAACAAGCGCACUUUCACCUUGAGCCAACCGGCUGAAAAACUGGUGCUUACAUCUCAGUGUGUGGCUAAGAACACUGCUGUGCUGAAGCACGUUUUACACAAACCUUCAAAAAAGUCCAGGGUUGUUCGGAGUAUUAGCAUCGGACACAUCUCCAAUGGGCGCUUCUCCUUGUCUAAAUUCAAAUCUGAUUGUAGCAGAUCACCUUCGCUGGACAGCAGAACGAGUAAUGGAGAGUACUACUCAAGAACUGACAGCAACAUAGUGACAGUUUGGCCCGAGAAGUGUGUCCGUUCCCCUCAGGCACUCAUUUCCAGUGUGUUUAGUCUAAACUUACCUAAGGAAAAGAGCCCUUCAUAUCAUAAUUUAUCUUCACCUGAGACAGUUCCACCUGCCCCAAACAAUAACAGUCUUGAACUGUCGUUUUCUUCUCCGUCAAGCCCGUAUCCUCCUUCUAGACGGACUCCUUCCCACAGCUCCACAUCGAGCAUCCCCUCACUUUCCUCCCUCACCUCGUCGGACCCGCCGACACCACGCUCCUCCUCGCCGGCUGAUAGCCGGCCGCCACUCCCUGGACAGUUGUCUUCCUCACCUGCUCUCUCGCAAGAUGCCAGGAAUGGUUCAUCUUCCCCCUCUCCUUCCCUUUCCCCGUGUAUCUCACCAACACCCUCUAUUGUCCUUAGCACCAACAGCCCCGCUGCCCUGAAGAUGGGCACCCAUCAGCUCAUCCCCAAGGGUUUAGCCUCAGGUAUCCGGCAGAGCAAGACCCCCACAUCUGGGCCACAAGGCCAAGGGUUGGCAGGGCUGCUGGGGUUGGAUGCUCCCAAGCGGGCUUUAAAAACAUGCAGCAUGGUGGAGACAGGGCCCUACUUUUCCACGGGAGGGGGUCACGGCGAGGGGACAGAUGCGGAAAAUGAAAGCCCGGGGACCCUAAGGAGAGGGCUGAGGAGUACAUCUUACCGUAGGGCUGUUGUCACAGGCGUCGAUCUUGAGGCCCAGGCGCUUUCCAUGAAGGGAUUAGAGAGUGAUAAUAAAACUACCAUAACCAACCCAGGCAGUCCUUGCGUUUUAAAGCCCACCAGCCCGGGUGCACUGAAGCCUGACAGCCCUACAACUCCUACUGGAACAGGAAAGAGUAAGGUUCCUGACAAGAAAAACAUUCUGACCCCUCAACGCACCUUUGACAGCGAAGAGGAAGAACUGUACCAGAACUAUCAGGAAAAGGCAUUACAUAACGAUUCGGAUGAGGACGCCGAUUCCAGAGAACCUCAAACCGAUAGCAUCGUGCUGCAAUACAGACCUAUCAGAACGUCCUGGAGCCAGCUUUCUGUGGUCAAGAAAAGCGGUCUGUUUGAUCAGAUGAGCCAGGAAGAACGGAAAAGACAAGAGGCCAUCUUCGAAGUGAUCUCCUCUGAGCACUCCUACCUCCACAGUCUAGAGAUCCUGAUACGGAUGUUUAAAAACUCGCCAGAGCUCAGGGAGGCCAUGACCAAGACAGAACACCAUCACCUCUUCUCCAACAUCGCCGACGUCUGUGAGGCAAGCAAAAAGUUCUUUAAGCAACUAGAGGAGAAACACCAGCACAAUAUUGUGAUCGACAGCAUCAGUGACAUCGUUUGUAAACACGCUGAAUCCAACUUUGAUCCCUACGUGACGUAUUGUUCCAACGAGGUCUACCAGCAGAGAACCCUGCAGAGGCUCCUGUCCAAGAAUCCUGUUUUUAAGGAGGUGCUGAGCAGGAUCGAGGGCCACCCGGACUGCAGGAACCUCCCCAUGAUCUCCUUCCUCAUUCUGCCCAUGCAGAGGGUCACGCGGUUGCCCUUGCUCAUGGACACAAUUUGCCAGAAGACUCCUAAAGACUCGGCACCGUAUGAAGAAUGUAAAAAGGCUUUACAUGCCGUCAGCAAGGUGGUUAGAAAAUGCAAUGAGGGCGCACGUACCAUGGAGAGAACUGAGAUGAUGUAUACCAUCAAUUCCCAGCUGGACUUUAAGAUCAAGCCUUUCCCGCUGGUUUCAUCAUCACGGUGGAUGGUGAAAAGAGGCGAGCUGACAGCCUUCGUAGAGGACAACGGCCUCUUCCUAAAGCGGACGUCGCGACAUCAGGUCUACUUUUUCCUCUUUAACGACGUCCUCAUCGUCACCCGAAAGAAGAGCGAGGAGAGCUACACUGUCAUCGACUACGCCCUGAGGGAUGAGAUCUGGGUUGGCUCAAGCCAACCUGAGGAGGUCAACCUGUCACCCGUUCGUGGAACCGCCGGCAUGCUAAGCUCACGCCAAACUGGCGCCAACCACCUCUUCCGACUGCAUUUCCUGAGCAAUCACUCUGGCGAAAAGGUGCCCAUGAUCUUGGGGACGGAGCUACUAAAUGAGCGUGCCCGGUGGAUCAGUGCCCUGGGCCACAAUGUCAACAAAGAGAAGAGUCAGGACAGGACGAAUGCAACUCAGGUUGAGGUGAUACGAACCUACACAGCUAAGCAGCCAGACGAAUUGUCACUGCAGGUGGCUGAUGUGGUGCUUGUCUCUCAGACAGUAGAAGAUGGCUGGUACGAGGGCGAGCGUCUGCGUGACGGUGAGCGCGGCUGGUUCCUGGCAGAGUGUGCAGAGCCAAUCACGUGUCAGGCCACCAUUGAGCGCAAUGUGCAGAGGAUGGACCGCCUGCAGGGCCUUGAGACAAAUGUUUGACAUUGUGGACAUUAAUGCCUUCAGGGGCAAUAGCGGACCUUGGCCUGGGCCUAACUUCAUGUCCGUGGCGAUAAAUAGCAAUGAAGACACAAGAUGGUUGUCCUUGCCUUGGUGUCAUCAACUAAAUGCCUUCAAGGUCUCUUUAAAAAUAAGAGACAAAAAUUGGGGGAGAGUUGCACAUUUCGCAAAUGAACACUAUUACAGUAUCCCAACCAAAAUAGCAGACAUCCAAUGGUAAAUUCAUAUCCAGUUUCUAUAAGCUUCCCUGGCUGAUUUAGAUGCGAGUACCCUUGAAUGGUCACCUUCCACACACCCAGUAGUGAAGUAUAGUACCCGAAGUAACUACAAUUGAAACAUUGUUAAUGUAUAUCAGGUGCACUCCUGAGGCAUGUAAACCAAGCACACUCAUGUGCAGACUGACUAGCGUUGUUAUCAUGUAACUGCACAGAUUAAUCGUUAUCAAUGGAUUAAGACUACAGUAUGUGUUGAUCCCUACAGUGUUGUGUUUAUGUUUAGUUAUCAUGAGUUCUCCUUCUGUUUAGCUGCAUUUUUCAACCCAAAAAUGGUUCAAAUUGCCUAUAGACAACGCAAGAUAAAUGUCAAAACAUUACAUUUAUUCAAAUGGGGCUCCUCAACUCACUUAGCACAGUUCUCUGACAUUUAGAUAGUACACAUAAACAGCGAAUACGUAAGUCAUCUUAUAACCUGGGUGGGUCACUAUUAGGAGUGGGAACCUCUUGGUACCUCAAAUUACAAUAUAAUUUACGAUACAAAGCUCACAAUAACGAUGAUCUGACCAGGGGUCGCGUUAACCGAAUUUUUUCCGUUGUUGACCGGUUUUUUAAAACGGUGACGGAAAAAACAAGUCCAUCCGUCAUUUUGACAGGUUGCGAUUCACACCCCAGACCACAGGGUGGCGAGUGAGCAUAUUAAUUAGCGAUUGUCUCUCUUGAUGCAUGACGUCGUUGGCCUUACUCGGAAAAAUGUCAAGGCAACGGAGUGUUUGCCUGGCACGGCCAGACUGUUCUCCCUGUAUUUUUCAAACACUGAGAGAAAAGUCUGGGACACAGCCUCUCGAGUAAGUACAAAAUCAAUCGACAAAUCAGAUUUGUUUAUUUGCGUGACGUGUUCUUCACGAGCAACGUCACUCUUGCGCGCCGAAAGUCGUCUCUACAUCAACACGGAUGGCGAACGGGUGAGCCGAGAAUAUGUUCCAAUCCUCGGUAAAUUCAGUUUUAAAUGAGCUAAAACACAUCGACACGAGACAUUGACAACAGUCUGUCUCGCGCUAGCCAUGUUGAAUAAACUCUGUUCUCCUCGUAUGUUUACUUCCGUGCACAAGUCCCUUGUCCUGCCCUCGUCGCUUUGCUAACGGCACGUCUGCCCGUCGCUGAUUGGUGCACUCCGCUGUCUGUUUGCCUCUUGUUAAGCGUGUUCGGAAGGAAUAUUAAUUAAAAAUGAAUGAAAACUAAAUACUAUUGAAUAUGUCAUUAUUAUCAUUUUAAAAAUGUAAGUGACGGGUAAAAAUAGAUUAUGACCGGAUUUUUAUGACACUCAGUCAAAAUGACAGACAACGAAAAAGUCUAGCGCAACCUCUGGAUCUGACGAUACAACGAUUAUCGAUACAUUGGUCAGGAAAUCAUUCUAGGAUAUUCUACAAACAACUAAUAAACGAAAAAACAUGCUUGUGCUGUGAAUUGGAAGGAGUUUAUCAUUAGUAGACGUUCAGUCCGUUUGAAGUGGAAGGGAUGGCAGCGAAUGAACGAAUGUUCAUUAACUUCCAACCUCUCAGUCUAUGGCCGGUAGUGGCAGCCAAUGCCAGGCAAAGAGGUAAUUUUGGGCCAUUUACGGUCAUUUACCUGUUCAUUUUCAGUCACUUCCUUUUGAUUUCGUCGUAUUUUAUGGGUCUCUUCCUGUUUGAGUUACAGAACAGGAAAUGACCUGGGAAUCACCCAAAUCAAUAGGCAGCAGGGGUGAAAGUGGCUAGAAUUUCUUGCCGGAACUCCCCGACGUGAAGGUCUCCACGGAGCCAGAAAUUUUAUUUAUUUAUAUAUUUUCUUUUUUUCGGAGGGGGGCAAACCUCCUAAAACUACUGAAAUGCAAAGAAAACUGUUUUUAUUUUAUUUUCCCUCAGUUCCUCACAUACUAAAUGCCAAAUCUCAAUUUUAACUACUUAAGAACAUAGGAUGUAUAUUAAAAUUGAAGUUAAUGUAAACAUUUUUUUUUUUUUAAUACGAUAUAAGUAACAUAUAUUCUGGAAAAUAAGUACAAAUGACUUAUAUUAUGCAGAGUGAAAUGGAAUGUAUUUUGAAGAUCGCGCAAACAUUAUGACUUUUUUAAAUCAUAAGGAAAUGAAUAAGUAGCCUAACAUAAAUGAAGAAAUAUAGGUCCAAAGUGCACAUUGACAGCUAAGAAGUUCUGAACCUCCCCAUCAGAGCAAAUAAAACUAAAUAUGAUAAAUGAGCCUCCUCAACUCUUUGCUUACUUUUAAAGAUUUGAUCCAUUUUAUGUUGCAUUGCCCUUUUUUGUCGCAUCAAUUCAACGAUUUUUUUUUUUUUUUUGCUGCUCCAGAAAACAUGCACAUUUGAACCAAUCAGAGCUAACUAUCUCUGCUGAUCACAUGUCAGUAUCUCAGCCAAUUGAACGGAUAAAUGAGUUCAGCCAUUUCAUGCAUUCGCACAUUGACUUGACUCAUCCUCGUCAGACUCUGCUAAAUGCAGCAGCUGGGGAAACCUACAUGCCGUCCGUGGAAUAAAAUAAAUAAUAAAUAUUGGUGGAACCGGACUACGCUACACAAGCACUUUAUUAUGCUUGUUGUUAACACUUGUGUAUGUAAAUCUGAUAUUGGUAGAUUGCUUUCUUCUUGGAGAUGAAAUGCAUGUGUGGCGGCUUAGCAUUUUUUUUUUAACAUAGCAUUUUGACAGUUGCCAUCAUAUUUUCGGAAUCAAAGCAUCGUGUACGGGAACACCAUCCCGGCCCUGAAUUUUAUACCGGAACUGUGUUCCUGACCGUUCUGGCCCACUUUCACCCCUGAUAGGCAGUGACUCAAACUCAACAGAAAUGAACUGUAAAUGCCCUAAAAUGAACAGCAAGUGACCUGUAGAUGACCUGAAAAUCGGACAGAAUGACUGUGAAUGCUCUGGUUUUGAAUGAACGAACCUUCCCAGUCUAAAUGGAUUGGGCGUCGAGCACCAUCAAUGCAGCUUUAGAGUUAACUGAGACACUAUUAUGGUGGAAGAUUUUGGUAGCAAAUUGUUGGUGAUUUUUUUUUUUUUUAAGACAUUGACACUUUUCAAAACAAUAUCUCGAUUCUUGGCAGGCGCACAUCGAUAACCUUUUGGGAUACAAAGUAUCACGAUAUAUCACCAUUUUGAUAUUUUGUCACACCCCUAGUUACUAUACUGCUAAUAUUCUUUCAUGUGACAAAAAUCUCUGCAGUUAAUAUUUGAUUAGGAGCUGUACUUCAGUAAUUUUUCCCAUGAAGGUGAUGUAAUUGUGAACAUCUCCAUAAUAUGUGUAAAGGGAAAAAUGUUUUUUGUUAAAAACUGAAGGCACUUUUUCAAAUAAAUAAGGAAGAUGCACCGUGUGGUUUGAACCCCCGAAUUACAUGUAAAUCAGUUGUGUACCAUUCUGUAAAUAUGUAAAGUCAUUACAAAUAUGAAUAUUUUCUCAAUAAAUAUUUAGAAACCAAUUUAUUCAUCAAACGUUUCGAAACGCUUUCUUAUGCAAUUGAAUGAGAAAAUGUUGUUUUUUUACUUCCACUGUAAAUGCUGAAAAAGAGUUUUUGAUACAGCUCCAUGCAUUGGGUUGAUUGUACAGAUGUACUAAAGUCUCCAGUGAUUGUACUGUACAACAUGUCAAAUGAACCAUAAAAAAAAUAACAUCUUAAUUGUUGACCUAUUGACAUUUGUUUUUACUGUAAAGUGUUUUUGAGCAUCUGUUAAAGUGCUCUAUGA